AUGACUGACCACCCCCGGUUCCAGGCAGACCCGGCCGGCGGCUCCGUGAAGAAUGGUCUCUGCGGACCUGAAAGUGCUGACACCCCAACCACUUAAGAAGAGGAGGCGCAGGACCUUGAAGUAGACAUGACGAAAACAAAAGGCAUUCCUGGACUGUGGACCAUUCGUCCAGAUGGAGAAGUCAUUCUGAGGAUGUCAAAACAUGGGCCAGGCCAUGAGGCCCCCGUAACCAUCCCAGAAUAUUUUCGGGAGUCAGUCAACCGAUUUGGGACUUAUUCAGCCCUUGCAUCAAAGAAAUGUGGAAAAUGGGAAGUACUAACUUACAACCACUACUUCGAGGCUUGUCGGAAGGCUGCGAAAGCCUUGCUCAAGCUGGGCUUGGAGCGGUUCCAUGGAGUCGGCAUCCUGGGGUUUAACUCCGUUGAGUGGGUUAUUGCUUCCGUUGGUACCAUCCUAGCAGGGGGUCUCUGUGUUGGUAUUUAUGCCACCAACUCUGCAGAUGCUUGUCAGUACGUCAUUGCUCAAGCCAAAGUGAAUGUCCUGAUGGUUGAAAAUGACCUACAGCUGCAGAAAAUCCUUUCGAUUCCACCCAACAAGCUGGGGACCCUAAAGGCGAUCGUCCAGUACAAGAUGCCAAUGAACGAGAGCAAUAAAAGCAACCUGUACUCUUGGGACGAUUUCAUGGAUCUUGGCAAUACCGUCCCCGACCCGCAGCUGGACCACAUCAUUGCGAGCCAGAAGGUCAAUCAGUGCGCAGUGCUCAUCUACACCUCCGGGACCAUGGGCAACCCCAAAGGCGUGAUGCUGAGCCACGACAACAUCACAUGGUUGGCCGGGACGGUGGCAAAGGACUUAAAGUUGACUUGCGCCUCAGAGAAGCAGGAGGUGGUAGUUAGUUACCUUCCCCUCAGCCACAUUGCGGCUCUGAUGAUGGAUAUCUGGUUGCCCAUGAAGGUCGGGGGUUGCACCUACUUUGCUCAACCAGACGCUCUCAAGCUCCGCAAUAUCGUCAGAAACUUUAACGUGAUCAACCUGAUGGGCGAGAAAGGUUCCCUCACAGUUUCAGGAACCGCCAGGCUUUUCCAAAGUGGCUGUUCCGUUCUGUAUUCCCCCCGGAAGUGCAUGAGCGAGUUCCGGUUCCUGCGCCUCUUCACUAACACGUCCUCAACAUCAUCACCACUGUCACUGCGUCCUGCCUCAGUUCCCCCCCUUCGAUUCCCCAGCAGCUGCGGCAAAAUCGCAAGUGGCUGUAAAAACAUGCUGCUCCAGCCGACCAGUGACGGCAUUGGGGAGGUCUGCAUGUGGGGCCGGCACGUCUUCAUGGGCUACCUGGAAAAACAGGAAGAGACCACGGAGAUCAUCGACGAGGAAGGCUGGCUACACAGCGGGGACUUGGGCUUCAUGGACAACCAGGGUUUCCUCUACAUCACUGGCCGCAUCAAAGAAAUGCUCAUCACAGCCGGCGGCGAGAACGUAGCCCCUGUGCCCAUCGAGAACAGGGUGAAAGAGAGGAUCCCCAUCGUCAGCAACGCCCUGUUGGUGGGAGACAAGGCCAACUUCCUAAGCAUCCUGCUGACGCUGAAGUGUGAGACAGAUGAGACGACUGGAGAGCCGCUGGACAAACUGAACUGGGAGGCCACCAAGUUCUGCCAGGACCUGGGCAGCCAGGCGUCUACCGUGUCUGAGAUCGUGGAGCUACAGGACCCCCUGGUCUACAGCGCCAUCCAGAAAGGCAUAGACGAUGUGAACCAGGAGGCCACCUCCAAUGCGCAGAAGAUCCAGAAGUGGGUCAUCUUGGAGAAAGACUUCUCCUUCUACGGUGGAGAGCUGGGCCCAACAGCAAAGAUGAAGAGAAGCUCCAUAAUCCAGAAAUACAGGAAGCAAAUCGAAAACUUAUACCACUGA